CGUGACAGCGUACGUCAACAAGCAACAUGGCGUCCUCGGAGCGUAACCGUGAAACGAACUGAACAACGAAGCUAAGAAACCUGCAAAAACACCGCAAUUAUCUGCGAUUUUCACCCCGAGUGUCCCCUUUCGGCUGCGGAAUUUUGGUUCAGUCCUGGUUCUGUUUGGCCUCAGAUAAAGCUUCAAAAUGUCAAGUAAAAACACCGGAGAGACCUUUAAGGUCGGGGAUCUCGUCUUCGCCAAAAUGAAGGGCUUUCCUCACUGGCCGGCCAGGGUUUGUAAAUCAAACUCGGGAUACAGAAAGAGAGUUCCUGUGUUUUAUUUCGGGACACAUCAGAUAGGAAGUGUCCCUCUUGAAAAUGUCGUUCCAUUUGUGGGAAAUAAGACAAAAUAUGGCAGCGGAGUUCGGAUCAAAGGCUUCGCGGAGGGAAUGUGGGAAAUCCAGAACACACCGGGAGUCUACAGCAGGCAACAGCCGCCAAAAUCGAAAGCUUCAAAAUCUUCACCUAAAACUACAAGUGUCAAACAAACACCAGUUAAAGCUAAAGAUGCUAACAUAAACAACAACAACAGGACCACCCCAAAGCCCAGAACCCAAACUCCCCGAGCAGCGGCGAGGAGCAGAAGAGGAGAGAAGGACACCGGCGAUCAAACUUCCAGUGAGGAGCCAGAGAAGAAGAGGAAACGGGAAGCGGAAGAAGGAGGGCGAGGAAGUAAACGACGCAAACCGGAUGCGGACGCUCAGAACCAGGAAGCAGGAGAGGAAACAAAACACGAAAAGCAAGAUGACGAACAGGAGGCAGAUGCAGAUGAAAAAAAGACAACAAAGUCUCAUGUGGAGAUGCGGGUUAAAAGAAAGCGUGAUGAGGAGGAAGGAGAGGAUACAGAGGAGAGCAAAAGUAAAAAGAAGGAAAGAGAGAGUGCAGAGGGGAGUGAAGGGUUGGAGAAGGACAGAGGAGAAAAGACAAAAGAAGAGGAGGUGAAGACACAAAAAGAAGAUGACGCAGAGGAGAAGGAGCAACAGGACGAAACUGUGGAUGAAGAGAAACAGAAGCGGCUGGCGGCGAAAAGGGAAAACCUCCUGAAGUCGCUGCGAGGAUUGAUCUCGUACGGAAAAGGAGCCAAGAGGAGGGAGGGCUUACGGAAAACCAUAGAUGCUGCUAAAAAGAAGAAAUCUGAAGUGAAAAAGACAGACCAAACUAAAAGCAAAAAAGAUUCAAAGGCCACAAAAAGUAAAGCGAAAGUUGAAACAAAGUCUGAAAAACCCCAGAAGAAAGAUGCUAAAAAAGGAAAGAAGGAAACGACCAAGGAAGCAGUUAAGGAGGCAAAACAAGUGGACAAAAAUGCUGAACAAUCUGCAAGUGAUGUUGAGCAAGGAAGCAAGGAGGUGGGCAAGGAAGCAACUAAGAAAGCGUUGGACUUAUCUAAAGAAUUACCAACCGAGAAAAAUAAAGAAUUGGAGGAACCAAAAAAUGUUAGAGAUGAGGAUGCUACCAAGAAGGAAACUGCCAAGGAGACUAAAAAGGAUUCAACCCAGGGCGCUACCAAUUCUACUUCUAAGGAUGCUACUAAAGAUACAAUCAAGGAUAUAACUAAGAAAGAGGAGAAAGAAGUUACCAAGGAAACUAAAAAGGAUGCCGCCAAGGACAUAUCUAAGGAUUCUGCUGACGAAGGAGAGAAAGAAUCUACCAAGGAGACGAAAAAGGACACAACUCAAGAUGCUAUCCAGGAUGCAUCUAAGGACUCGUCUGAGGAGGGGAAAAAAGGGGAGAAGAGGAUCAUUGGCAAGAUUGUGAAAGCUUCUGGUACUAAAGUCCACGUUAAGACUAUGGGCGGAGCUGUCGAAGAUACCAAAACCAAAAACUACUCAGAAAUUGAGAGAAAGAAAAGCUUAGAAGAAGGUGAGAAGAAAAAACCUGACAAGGAUGCAAAAGGAGGUAAGAGAGAUGGCACCAAGGACGGAAAAGAUGAUAAGGAUACUUCAAAAAACAAGGAGUCAAACAAGGGAACGAGCCAAAAGGAGAGGAGCGAUUCAACUAAAGGUGAAAAAACUGCAAAAAUGGCCGACAAGGGAAGCAAGGAAGCAACUAAAGAUGAGAAGGAGACGAGGCAAGGUCGCAAGACAAGGAGAGAUAUUGAAAAAGAGGGAGGGUCAAAAGAUAGAACUAAAGAUGUAGGUAAAGUGUCUAGGGAAGGAAGCAAGGAGGCAAAGGAAGUCAGUAAAAAGGAGGAAUUGGACAAGGAUAGUAGCAGAGAAAGGAGAGGCGAUGACAAAAAGGGUGAUAAUGUGAUGAAAGACAAGAAGAAGGAAGGAGAGAGGAGGAGUGAGAGAGGAAGGGAUCUAGGAAAGAAGGAGGCAGGGGUUAGGAAGAGUGCUGCAAAGAUAGAAACCGACUCAGCCCCAAAAGGCGAAUCUAGUAGAAAAGUUAGUCGGAGAGAUAAAGCUGAAGAUGACGACGUUAAAAACAAGUCAAAAGAGCGGCAGAAAAAGGAAGAAAAGAAAGAAGGGGCGAAGGAAGGAGGAAGUAAAGAGGAGACCGAGGUUAACGUGGUGGAGAUGGAAAGCAUAGAGUCGCUGCAGGAGAGGAUGAUGAGGGCACUAAGGGAGGAGGAGACGAGGACGGAGGGAGCGAGGAGGGAGGAGACGAGGGCAGAGGAAGCAGUGAGGAGCCCGGGAGGAGGAGGAGCGGAGGGGAAGACGCUCACAGACUCAACCCUCCACAGACUUCACGGGGACAUCAGGAUCUCGCUCAAGACAGAUAAUCCGGAUGUGAGCGCGUGUCUGUUGGCGUUGGAUCAGCUCAGUAUGGUGUAUGUGACAUCUCAGCACGUUCAGAGACACAGCGAGCUCGUCACCACACUCAGACAGCUGCGUUUCUACCGAGCCAGCGAGGCCAUCAUGCACAAGGCCUCCAUGUUGUACAACCGCUUCAAGAACGCGUUCCUGUUGGGUGAGGGACAGGAAGUGGUGAGCACGGGCUUUCUGCGGUCGCUGCUGGAGGAGAAGGAGCGGGAAGAGGGCCAAAGAUGGAGGGACAAACUGAAGACUCAAGACCUGCUCCAAGAAGUCAAGAGACGAAUGGAACACGUGCACGAACGCAAAGAGGCCCAUGAGACAGCUCCAGCGGAAAGUCAGGAGCUGCACAGCGCCCCCUGUUGACUUUAUGGAUUUGUCAGACUCUUCCGUUAUUGCACUCUUUUGGAUAUUUCUGUUAGUUUUUCUGGAUUUUUAACAUUUCAAAACACUAUUUAUUCAUAGUUUACAUCUUACAGUGGCCUUAGAGCAUUCUCAGUAACAUAUCUUCUUAUCAUAACAAAAUAUUUAUCCAUCCAUUUUGUCAAGUCUCAGUCUAAUUCACUACAAGAUGCUGUGAUAUUUCUCUUCUUUUUAAGUGACAUAUGCUUACAGAUUUUUGUCUUUCAUUGUGAUAUUGUUUUUAUUAAUUCAGUGUUAAACCACAGCCUGCUUCAAACCUGUUCUGGAUUUACAAACGCGUUUUGAUCCUAGACUGUAUAUAAAUGACAGCUAACCAACUAGGAAGUGAGCAUGGGGGCGCUUCCAGCUCCAUUUGGAUAUAAUUCACUAUCUAUUGAAAAACCGUCACCCCUCUCUUUGUAACUGCUACAGUGAGCCCCAUCAUUUUGGUUUUAAAUGUUCAUAUUAACCUGCUCUAUAUGAUUCUGGUAUUUUUAUUUCGGUCUUUUGUGCAGAAAUCAAGAACUCCAAAUUCACCCCAGCCUCGAUGAGCUACAUUUGACUGGAGCCGAACAUUAUGGGUCACACUCCCUUAGUCCACUUAUUUAUACAGUCUAUACAGUUUUGAUCAGCGCUAACUCAACUGGUGCUAUAUAUACUACAAAUUCAGAAUUAAAGAUUACCUAAACCAAAGCUAAGGCUAAACCAACCAGUAUUUGCUUCAAAAUGUGUUGAAAAUCUGACUUGAACAUGCUAUUUGAAGUAAUGGCUCAUAGGAAUUUGAGAUAUUGUCUUUAUCAGAAGCAUAUCUGUAUACACAUCCUUUGACAUCUGUUUUUACUGCUGAUAUUGUAUUAUAUAUUUAACUGUUACCGUGUGAUGUUUUUUCUAGGAUGUAGCAGUGUGUAUUUCUACAUUUUAAUAUAAAACGUGA